AUGGCGACAUUGUGUAAGAGAGGUGAAAAAAUCACAAAAGAAAAUUGGGAUAGUUGUUUGAAAAAGUGUAGCAAUACUCCAUGUGUGACUCGAUCUUUUAAAUACAAGCAUUUUCAAAAUGUACUAGAGAACUUAAAAUUCGGAUAUCAAGAAAGAAAAUUACUUUAUCCUGAUCUUUAUAAUACCUCUCAAUUUCUGUAUCUCGGAGUGUCAUUCAGAAAUGCUAAGAUCAGAAUAAUCCACUUUGUUCCAAAACUGCCGCCAAUGGAGUUGUUCAGCAACAUCGGUGGAUUCUUGGGCAUUUGGAUUGGAUCCUCUAUCAUAUCAGUCUCUGAUUUAUUAUACAAACUAUCUGAAUUCAUCUACAUUUACAUCAUGAAAUUUGUUAAAAAGACAUCUACACUGUAAAAGAAUUAGGAUCAAAUUACGGCAGAAAGUCCUGGCAACCUGAAAUCCAUUUUUUUCCCAUAAA